GAAAAAGAGACAGCGCGGUGGUCGGAUAUCCUUUAGCCUUCAUUGUGGGACCGAGUCCGGGAGUUGGCUGACCGCGGGGGGGAUUAAAAUCAUGGCUGUGAUGAAUUAAACGCUUCGACGCGCUGUUUAGUGGAGCUGCGAGGACCUGGAGCGCGGGGUGAGGGCACUGCGCUGCGCUGCGCUGAGCGAUGGCCGCGGUUGUGCUGGGUUGGUGCUGCGCUCAUGCGGCUCACUGAGCCCCGAGCCUCGCUCGCACAGCCUCAGACAAAAGCUGGCGAACUCGUCUCGUUUGCUCACACCCUAAAAUACCCCCUUCUCUCCUACAGCGCGCCUGGCUUUAGUAGACGCCUCUGGUUAGUUUGCGCUGCCACUCGAGCGGCGGGCGCUGGUGGUCGCGCUGGUACAGCCGGCUGCCCCACUUUACUGGCUCCUUCGGGCUCCUUCCCUCUCGCCUUGAGCGGUGGUCUAAGAACCUAUAUGAUGGCCUCCUCGUCCGGCAACGACGACGACCUGACCAUCCCGAGGGCCGCGAUCAAUAAGAUGAUCAAAGAGACGCUGCCCAACGUGCGGGUGGCCAACGACGCCAGGGAGCUGGUGGUCAACUGCUGCACCGAGUUCAUCCACCUCAUCUCCUCCGAGGCCAACGAGAUCUGCAACAAGUCCGAGAAGAAGACCAUCUCCCCGGAGCAUGUCAUUAACGCACUUGAAAGCCUCGGCUUUGGGUCAUACAUAGCGGAAGUGAAGGACGUUUUACAGGAAUGUAAAACAGUCGCACUGAAGCGGAGGAAGGCCAGCUCACGCCUGGAAAACCUCGGCAUCCCUGAAGAGGAGCUGCUCCGUCAGCAGCAAGAAUUGUUCGCCAAGGCUCGACAGCAGCAGGCCGAGCUGGCGCAGCAGGAGUGGCUGCAGAUGCAGCAGGCGGCGCAGCAGGCCCAGUUGGCCGCAGCGGCAGCAGCUUCAGCCAGUGCAGCUCAACAAGCCGGAUCCUCGCAGGAUGAAGACGAAGAGGACGACAUGUGAUCCCACCGUCACCCCCCCCCUCUUUAUUUCUCCUUUUUUCUUUCUCUCCUCCUUCUGUAUAAAUUCAUAUUGACUUUUUAGAUUAUACUCUGGGAGGUCCCUCGAUGUGUCUAGGGUUAGAUAUUUUUUUUUUCUUCUUUUUCAAAGACUCGUUUCGGUUUUUCCACUCCGUUUUCCCGCCCCUUCUUUCAGACAGUUGAAGACCGUUUUUUUAAAGCGCCAUAAUGUAUGUGCAUUGUAAUUUUGGUACACCGAGUCGUUAUGAUGUGUUAGUGGCAUGAGAUGCAUUACGUUAAAUCGUUGUUGGAUCAGUGCAGGAGUGAGUGUUUCAGCUCAAGGGCCUCCUGUUUUAGUUGACUUUCGGAUUUCUUGCUCUGUUUUUGUUUUGUUUUUUUUGUAAAAUAGUUCAACGAUAAAUUCAUGUUUUCCUCUUUUUUCUCCUCAUUUUGGCAAAAUGGUGAUUUUUACAGUGAUUGUUCCUCUUCUGUCUCGCUCUGCGUCGGGCAGAGCUCUGAUUGGGGGGGGGGGAGUUGUAAUGUAGGACGUUUCUUUUUCGUUUUAGUUCAAGUGAGGUUAAGAAUACAACCCAUGUAGGAUGCAGCUUUUCUCUGGCCUGUGUUCAGAACAGUGUUGAAUUACAGAAUAAUAUCUGUCUCUUUAGUACCAAAGAUGGAGUUGAAACCGGAUCGGUCACCAGAUCGUCUUAAAGAAGUCUCCCGGCAGUUUUACCCUCUACUGGACGACCUGCUCUGGUGCGAACCGUGCCGACGUAUUAGUGGUGGCUCCCGUGUCGUAAAGGGUUCUGAUGUAUGAGCAGAUUUGUUUUUCUGGUGCAAUGUUUAGGAGUUGCGUUGUGAAUGCGUGGUUCACUCUUAUCUCGUGAUGACUGGUCAGUUUUAGUUGAGGUGCGUGUUCAUGCCUUUGCAGAAGCUGUAAGCUGUAUUCUCUAAGCAAUAAAAGUCAACAUGUUUUAUAGUCAGCA